GAGAAUACCAUCAGAAUACAGAUGGACGGAGUGAUUAGCUAGCAUUUAGAGUCAUAUUGUCAAUUUCUAUGGACAUUGACGAUGCUUGGCAUAAAGUAAAGCGUAUGUGUACAUAAGUAUAUCUAAAAGACUUAUCACUCGCACAUUGCCAAGAAAAUAGUCCUGUAAUUUGAAGUUGCAUGCAGCGUUAGAAAACGGCGUAUACGAUAACAACGUAUUAAAAUGGAAAUACCUAUCUCCAAUAUAUUGUUGCUCUGUUUGAUAUUCCUGCUAAUUGGUGGCGUAGUCAUGAUAUUACUUCAGUAUUUGCUUUUCAUAAAGUUUUCAAAUCUACCCGAUGAAAGUGAGGAACAGAAACAGAUGAAUGCUAAAUAUACUCUACCCCUGAAUAUUAAGCAAACAGCCCGAAAUCUAAAUACAAGACAAACCGACGGAAGCACUUGCGAAAUAUUUCAGAGCAAUGUCCAGAGCUCAUCAACGUUAGUUUCUUUGAAUUUUGUAAUGCAGUUUCUGUUUCAUGAAUUUAAGAAUUCGAAUGGCGUACGCAAAUGGUUCUAUCGUAAGCUUUCUAUUGAACUAGAUGAACUUAUUACUAAAACAACUACCGGAAAACUAUUGGAUAAGCUGACGAUCAAGGAACUGGAUUUAGGCGAUCAGUUUCCAGAUAUACGAUCGCUUUCGGUACAUAACGUACAACUCGACGAAACAGAGCAGCGCAUUGAGAAUUUGGACUUGUUAUUGGAUAUUAAUUAUGUCGGAAAUUUUUCAACUUCGAUUGAUGCGGACAUGGUUCUGGGCAAGAAAGGCUCCAUUAUGUUAAAAGUAAAACAAUUAUCUGGCAUGGCACGACUACAGUUUACUCGAAAGCCCUACACUCAUUGGUCUCUAAGCUUUCUGGGCGAUCCAGAACUAAACUUAGUUGUUGAGUCAAAAUACCAAGGGCGCCAAAUGCAAUCAAAUAUUACAAACCUUAUAUCAAAUCAAAUACGCAAGGCGGUGCGUCGAAAACAUACCCUGCCCAACUACAAGCUACGUUACAAACCUUUCUUUCAUUGGGCGGCAGAGGAUGAGAGUGGUGACUGUGAUAUACAGCCCAACGGAGGGCUUGUCGUACGAGUGGCAGAACUAUCGCGACUGAUGGCAUGGCCAGGUACAAGCCACAUCUACUGCACUAUAACACUGGCACCAGUGCCCUUCAUAGAGGCGCAACAAAAGGAUAACCGUCAUGUAUUAAUAUCAUUGGACAUAAAAAUACAUAAAGCUAAGAAUCAACAGAUUGGUAUUGUAUUUAAACAGAUCACCAGCCAGGUCAAAAUCGAGUCGAUUCUGCCAAACACACCAGCCUGUAAGUCAAAGCUUUUGCCUGGCGAUACGCUUGUUGCCAUUGAGGGUAAGCAAGUAACAACCAUUCAGCAGAUAGCCAAAAUAGUCAAGAGCCUACAGUCUACAGUCUGUUGUUUACGCAUUGAGCGCGUCAUUCCUGGUAUCAUCCGUAACGAUGCCAUAUUGGAGGAUUUAAAGCAAUAUGAAGAUUUGUGCGAUAUUCCCGCCACUGUCAAAUCAGACAUUGAAGAGACAGAGAUGAAUUCAAAACUUUUGGUAGUAAAGACAAGUGUUGGCCGCAACUGCAGCGAGUCAGGUCUGAGCUGUACACCAACCAAUUCACCAAAAAAGUCAAAUAAAAUUGCGAAGGCCAUCAAGAAGACGAUAAGCCGUGAUAGCGGCGACUAUCUGAAGGAUAAAGACAAUUUAAAGUCGGCUUAUACAAGCGAUGAUAAGUAUUCCUCAGCUUCUGAAAAGCCACUCGAUGAAGUCAUUUACUUUUAUCAACACUCAACCAUCGAUUGUACUCUUAGUCCCCUUAUUCACAUGGACGAUCUAUCCAACUUUCAGUUAGAUUCCAAUAGUCGAUUUCUUAAUGUAUGUGUCUUUGGAAAGUGUGAUGGUGAAAGCGCACUGCUCGGCUACUACAAUAUACAGAUUGGCCAGAUAUUAGUCGAAUGCUGCGAAACCAGUCUAAGUCAAUGCCUCAAGCGGAUAGCCUUAAAUCCGGCAACUCUACUACCAGUAAAAGCGCACGCGUUGUCCAAUCAGUCUGGGUUUAAUCCUAACCUUUGCUUUGGUGACAUUUUAUUCGGAUUUUCAUGGAAUGGCAAUCCAAAUGCUACUGCAACCGAGAACACAACUAAAUGUCCAGUUAGGAGCUCAUCUCCAGUCAAAUCUCAGUCAGCUAACAGCGACAAAAUUCAAGAAGACUAUCUUGCGGACACGGUGUCACUGAAAUCUUCAAAUACUUCAGUAGAUUGUGCAGCCACUAGCGCUAGCAAUACAACGAUACAGGCUGUGUCAAAAGCACAUAACUUUAUUCGAACCCAUUUUCAUCGCGCCACACAGUGCGAUUUUUGUGGAAAAAAAAUUUGGCUAAAGGAUGCUAUGCAGUGUAAGAACUGUACCAUGUGCUGCCACAAAAAGUGCAUUGCCAAAUGUCAGAAUGCGACCGUCUGUGGACCCGUUGAAUGCUACGGACCCGUACAAACGACUCUUUCACCCCCUACAGCGGUAGUCAGCAAACCAGAAUUGACAAUUACACAACCAGAAUAUAUGGAAAUUUUAAACCCGAAAUGUUCCAAUGGCUUGCAAACAGACGAGACAGCUUCAGAAGGAAGCUGUGAACAGACCCAGCAAGUCAACCUUGACGUGCACGGAGCUAGCUUAACGGGAAUGCUGACACAAGGAAUAAAGCGGCAAGCCAGUAAUCUGGAUAUACCAGGUAUAGUGUCUUCACUGUCUGGCAAUAAUUCACAAAUUAACUCAAAAAGCCUGCCUCCGAGUCCGCAACAUAUGCAAUCGCGAAAGGCGUUGAUAUCGGAGGACACUUCAAAACAACAUCAUCCAAAUCCAUUUGAGAGGGUCACUCAGCAUUUAGAUGCACUACCGUUAGAAUGCACAUCGUUCAAUUUUGAACAAGUCGUUCAGAUUACUGAGGCAGUUGUAACACAUGCUAGUAACGAGGACUUAAUGAACCUGGCCAAGAACUACAGUAAGCACCUCUACUCGGAAGUUCCGCCCGAUCGGCGAGUGGCUAAAAUAAAUGAACUGAUAACGAAACUAAAGUUUGCAUUAGAUGCGGAAACUGAAGGUUAUACUCUAUUAAAUGACACUGAAAAAGCUAUUUCCAAUAGGUUGAAAUCAGAGAAGCCAUGGAAAUCAACGGACACCCCGAAAAACAACUCGGAGGAGCGAGUUCAAGCCCUGAGCAUCAUCAUGCUAUAUUUGUGCACAGGAUUACAGCAUGCGCAGGGCAAAGUUACGCAGUAGAGAACAUUAAAAUAUAAUAUUUGUGUUGUAUUUGACUGUACAAGUGUUAGUGAACCUAUAGGCAUUUUUAAUUCAUUUUGUAGUAUAACUUUAUCAUUUAGCCGUUUGUUUUGGAAAAAUAUGUAUUUAUGUCUUUCUUGAAAUAUUUUUUAAAUAAAAAUUCCAUUAAAAUA